UUUGGCCGAACCACGAGACUUAGAACUAUAAAAGCCCUCUAUUUACAGUUCUAAGGCACAUUCGAUCUAAUAUCUCACUAAUACGCUUCACAAGCCAUCCCAACCAACCAAAAUGUACAAGCUGGUCGUCCUCACCGCCCUUCUGGCCGUCGCUACCGCCGCGCCCGGUCUCAUCGGCGCCCCCGCCCUCGCGCCCUGGGGACAUGGUUACGGUGUCGCCCCUGCGUAUGUCAGCGCCCCUAUCGUCAAGGCUGCCGUCCCCGUCGCUACUUCAUACGCUAACACCGUCAGGAUCGCUACACCAGCUGUUGUUGCCGCGCAUGCCCCCAUAGCUGUGGCUCACGCGCCAGUUCUUGCCGCACCCUUGGCCCACGGAUGGUAAUCAACCACACACACCGGGCUACCAGGCUACCACCAACAUAGCCUACCUGGAACCAUACCACCCGGUCUUAGUCCAGAAGCGCAACAGUCAAACCUCUACCUAAAUAGUAUUUCAACUUGUAUAGUCUAAAAACAUCGAAUGUAAAGUGCCAACAUCUAUCACUUUGUUUAAAUUAUAUUUAUAGCAGUGAAA